CAUACACUGUUUCAACCGCUGUAUGGAAGGACAGUCCCAGAACUGUCCAUAAAAUAGUCUAUUUCUGACAGUUCUGGGACAUUCACUCCUACAGCUGUUUCCUUCAACCGCUGUAUGGAGGAAUGUCAUUCCCUUUCUGUCUGAUCCUUCUAGACUACUGUUUCAAUGACCUUCUUCUGGGACUCCUUCUCCUUCUUCUCCAUACAGCGGUUGAAACAUUGUAUUAUUUGUUUCUAUAAAUGGAUCCUCAGCGGUUUCUUAACUGUCCUUCUUCUCAUCCUUCUCCUUCUUCUCAUCCUUCUUCUCAUCCUUCUUCUCAUCCUUCUUCUCAUCCUUCUCCUUCUUCUC